GACGCAGCUCCUUUCACCAUCACACAUGAACAUCAACUCCACCGAUCAACCAACGUCGUAGCAAGCCAAGCCAGAGAGUGUCCUGAGCUAGACGAUCGGGAUGGCAGCAGCAGCCGCCACUGUUCGCCGUGGCUCCGCCAGCAGCAGCGCCUCCGUCUCCCACGCCAUCGUCCUCGCCGUCGUCGUCGUCGCCUGCUCGUCGUUUCCUCCUACCAGCACCGCCGCCAAGGCGGCACCGUGCUCGAGCCAGACCUUCUCGGGCACCGGCGGGGAGCAGCAAUCCUACGCGUCGUGCGCGGACCUGCCGCGCCUCGGGGCCACGCUGCACUACAACUACACGGCCGCCACCAACACCGUGGCCGUCGCGUUCCGGGCGCCGCAGGGCAAGGGCGCCGACGGGUGGGUGGCGUGGGGGAUCAACCCGAGCGGCCGCAGCGGCAUGGUCGGCACGCAGGCCGUGGUCGCGUUCCAGAGCUCCAACGGCAGCCUCGUCGCGUACCCGACGGUGCUCGACAGCUACGCGCCGUCCAUGGCGCCCGCGGCGCCCGGGGACCUGGCGUUCCCGGUGUCGGGCGUGGCGGCCGAGUACGCGGACGGGAAGGAGAUGGUGGUGUACGCGACGCUGGCGCUGCCGGCCGGGAAGGGGAGCAAGUUCACCAACGUGUGGCAGCAGGGGGCUGCGGUGGUCAACGACGUGCCGGCGGUGCACCCCACCACCGGGGACAACAUCCUUUCCACCGCCACCAUCGAUUUCAGCGCUUGAUGUUGGCUUGCGUGUAUCCGGCUGCAUGUUCAUGCAUCAGCAUGCCCCGUUCCUGUCUCUCUCUCUUUCUCUCUCUCACCUAUCCUGCUCGCUACGCUUAUACAAAUAAUUAAUAUCUCUCUGUGUGUUUGUAUAUGUACUUAAAUAUGUCCGUGUACUGUAACGAAAAACUAUCAAUCGUUCCUAAAACUAGAAAAUACUUGUGCGUUGCUGCGGAGAUUUUAUAAAAA